CACUUAACAACGCUACGGCAACCUACUCGCAUGUGUGCACUCUCUUGCGUACGCCACGCUCCCAUCUACUUGCUCUCUGGUCGUUGAUUCUCACGAGGCAGCAGUGGUGAGUUCCCUCUGUUCCUUCUCCUCUUGUGUGCCUUGCAGCGGGAUCCAGUCGACGGGCUUCUUGAGGACGGCGAGGGUCCUGCCCUCCCACGAGUCAUCCGCCGGGAUGUGCUGAUACUCCCAACGAGCCGUCAGCGGCAGCGACAUCAAGAUCGACUCUAUCCCUGCACACACACACAAAGGUGCCUUCCUUGCCGUGUGUGUAUCAUGACGCUGACUUGAGUUGGGAGUCUGCAGGCCGAACUUGGUGCCUCUGUCGAAGAGGAGGUUGAACUCCACAUACCGCCCCCGCCUCAGCUGCUGCCAGGCCUUCUGUUCGUCCGUGUAGGGGUCGUCCUUGUGCCUCUCAACCAGCGGCACAUAGCCGUCGACGAAGCAGCGCAGGGCGUCACGGGCGAAGGCCAAGCUCUUCUCGGGGUCGCCGCUCUCGUUGAGGUCAUCGAAGAAUAUCCCCCCCACCCCGCGAGUCUCGCCGCGGUGCUGCAGCAGGAAAUACUCGUCGCACCUGCACAUGAAGG